UAAAUUUUUUAAGGAUCAUGUUAUUUUUGUUACAGUGUCUAAAUAUGUAAAGAAUAUGUAGAUUGACAAUGUCUGUGACUACAGUGGUGGAACCAAGUACAACAGCUACAGUUGUUGAGCAAGUCAAAGAAGAAGAAAAACAAGAGACACCCACAUUACGGCUUAAGCUUCCAAAAUCAAAUAAAAAGAUACAAUGGCAGGAAGGAACAGUUGAUAAUGAGAAUAUGGGAAAAAAGUCUUCAAAAUGUUGCUGUGUUUACAAGAAGCCUCGUAUGUUUGGAGAAUCUUCUUCUGAAGAGGAUUCCGAUUGUGAAAAUGAGGAUAAAUGUAAAGGCCCUAAAAACUACCAUAAGCGCUCAAAAAACAAUAAACAUAAACACGAUGACUGCAAUGCAUGUCCAUAAAAUUGAAUGUUGUAUAUAUAAUAAAUUUAUUGUUCAAUUUAUUUCAAUAUUUGUAUAGGAUGCACAUAAUUUAAAAACUGUUUCUUUUAACAUGUGGAGAUGUCUGUAAGAAAGAACACUCUUAUCAGUUUUUUGAAUGUAUUGCUGAAUGAGGCUGUUCGGGUUAUGAGUUUGUAUUUUCUCGUUACGAACCAAAAUAUAUUUUUUUUGGCUUAUCUAUUUUUGAUCGCACAUAAACGUGUUUUUUGUGUCAUUUUUGUAGUUCAGUUUACUGUUAACAGAAAAUAUAGUAUUCUAAAAAAGAAAUUGGUGUA